AACAGUACAUACGUUCAAGACGGUGGGGUGAAGAAACAAAAUAAAUAAAUAAAUAAAUAAGGAUAGUUCAGUCUUUCCUUUACUGAUGAACAUUUUUGGAGCAACAGUGGAGCCGCCAAUAUCAUCUCUCAAAAGAAAUAAAAAUAAAAAAUAAAAUUCCAAGUUCCACAAUGCAUUGACUUGGUCUUCCAACAGAGAGCCUAUAAAGGGACCAAAAGGCUUGUGAAAUUUAUUUGUAUACCCCCAAAAAAAGUAGCAUUUAGGAAUCAAAGUAAGUUAUCACAAUGGCCUUGCAUGUGAUGCUUGUACAAAUUCUCUCCCUGGUGCUGUUGAAAUUGACCUCAGCACCAACUGCAUCACCAACAACAACAGCAGCAGCCAUAGCCAAACCUGGUUGUGCCGAUCGUUGUGGGAAUAUAAGCAUCCCAUACCCCUUUGGCAUGACCCCAGACUGUUAUCUAGAUCACCACUUCCUCAUCACCUGUGACAAUUCCUUCAAUCCCCCCAAAGCAUUUCUAGAGAACAGUAGCAUUAAAAUAAAUGUUACCAACAUAUCGCUCCAAGGUCAGCUUCAUAUCUUGAAGAUUAGACUCGACGACUGCUAUGAUCAGCGCGGUAAGUGGGUGUCCAACAGCACGGUCACUAACACAUUUACUCUCUCCAAAUUCUUCAUCUCCAACACCCAAAACAAGUUCACAGCGGUGGGGUGCGACACUUACGCCAUAGUCAACGCUUACAGAGGUGAUGAGUGGUACACCACAGGGUGCAUGUCCAUAUGCAACAAAAUGGAGGAUAUCACCGACGGGACUUGUUCCGGUAUCGGCUGCUGCCAGACAUCCAUCCCCAGAGGGGUGAGAAACAUUAAUUUGACAUUAAGGAGCUACCACAAUCAUACAUCUAUAAAGGAAUUCGAUCCUUGCAGCUAUGCCUUUGUGGUGGAGCAAAAGGAGUUCAACUUCUCCAGAAGUUAUCUUCUCGGUUUGCAAGACAGGAAGAAGCUCCCGAUGGUGCUGGAUUGGACCAUCGGAGAUGAGACAUGCGAUGUGGCUAGGAAGAACAUGACUAGCUACGCAUGUAAAGCUAAUUAUAGCGAGUGUUAUGAACCUGAUAAUGGUCCAGGGUAUCUUUGUAGAUGCUUUAAAGGUUACCAAGGUAACCCAUAUCUGUCCGAUGGUUGCCAAGAUAUCGAUGAAUGUAAGGACCCGAUUCUCAACAAGUGUCCAAAGAAUUGUGUCAACACUGCAGGCAAUUAUACAUGUUCUUGCCACAAGGGAUACCAUUGGGACUACCGGAAAAAUGGAGGAGGUUGCGUUAUUGAUCAACUACUAGUGAUAACACUUCCUGUCGGUAUUGCUGCAGUGGUAACAGUUUUGCUUGUGGGCAGCACUUGGUUGCACAUUGGAAUGAAGAAGAGAAAGCUCUUGAGGCUCAAAGAAAAGUUCUUUCAGCAAAAUGGUGGUUUAAUGUUACGGCGACAAUUUUCAGGACGAGAAGGAUCAACCGUCAAAAUUUUCACAAAUGAAGAGAUGGAGAUGGCUACCAACAAUUAUGACGGAAGCAGAAUAAUCGGUCAAGGAGGUUAUGGCACAGUUUACAAAGGCUACUUGAGAGACAACACAAUAGUUGCUAUCAAGAAGUCCAAGAUAGUUGAUCAAAGCCAAAUCGAGCAGUUCAUUAACGAGAUGGUUGUACUCUUUCAAAUCAAUCAUAGAAAUGUGGUAAAGUUCUUGGGUUGUUGUUUAGAGGCGGAGGUGCCUCUACUUGUUUACGAGUUCAUCAACAACGGCACCCUCUUUGACCACAUCCAUAACCGAGCAAAGGCAUCCGCCCUUUCCUGGGACAUCCGUCUAAGGAUUGCAGCGGAAACAGGUGGGGUUCUAACAUAUUUGCACUCUGCAGCUUCUACUCCGAUCAUCCAUAGAGACAUCAAGUCUGCAAACAUACUCUUGGAUGAUAACUACACCGCAAAAGUGUCCGACUUUGGAGCGUCAAGGUUGGUUCCGCUAGAUCAAGCGCAGUUAUCUACAUUGGUGCAAGGAACACUCGGAUACUUGGACCCCGAAUACUUGCACACAAGCCAGUUGACAGAAAAAAGCGAUGUUUAUAGCUUCGGGGUGGUCCUUGUAGAGCUAUUAACGGGAAGGAAAGCACUUUCUUUUGAUAGGCCAGAGACGGAGAGAAGCCUAGCUACGUAUUUUCUUUUUUUGCUGAAAGAGGAUCGCUUGUUUCAAGUACUCGAUGAUCAUUUAGUGUGUGAAGGAAAUACCGAGCAACUUAAGGAAUUUGCAGAGAUUGCGAGGAGGUGCUUAAAAGUGAAGGGGGAGGAGAGACCUACUAUGAAAGAAGUAGCAAUGGAACUGGAGGGACUGAGGAUGGUAGAGAAACAUCCACGGGUUGACAUUGCAGUACUCGAUUUUGAAGAGACUGAGUCCUCCUCGCUUGGUGAGAGAUCGGAUGCCUAUGAAUAUGGUGGUGGUGGUGCUACAAAUGGCAAGUUUGAUAGCUCGACGGAACACGUAGUAUUGCCUAUCGACGGUGGGAGAUAGAUUGUUUCAUACACACUGAUGCAAUUGCUGAAGAACUCAUGAACAUGUCUGGACAUUGACUUGGCAAAAUUACCUGCAAACUACAUAUAUAGAUGUUUGUUGGAAGAUUAAACCAAAUGUUGGAAAUAAACCAAAUACAUGAACCAAACUCAAGUGUUGAAUACAUGCACCACCAUUGGGAGAUGAAACAUUUGUGUUAAACUUUAUUUCAUUUAUUGUCUUGUAAUUUGUGUAUUUCUAGACUCAGGUAUUGAUGCCUAUAAAUAUAUGUUCUUUAAGUUCUUUUGUAAGCAAGAAGUGAGAAAGAAAUAUAUCAAUAUU